UUCCUCAUCAAAACUGAACUUUUGGGAAGCACAGAGAAGUCCAUGUGGCCACAGACCCAGAUGUGGUCACCACACCCUGCAGCCACCAACAAAACAUUUUCACCAACUUCUCUACAGCGUUGGGUAGGCAAAGAUACGUUAAGGCUGAGUUGAGAGUGGUUGCUGUUUUCUGCACAGGCAUCGUCAAUGAUCGUUUUUGAGACUCUUCUGCUUGCAACGAGAUGGGCUUGAGAGGAAAGAACUCUACCAAGGCCUGAAACCUCCAAGAGACGCUGAGGGAGGAAGCCCACCAAGGCUCACUGUAACACUUUUCUUCACCACUGGAUCUCUCGGUUAAUGACAAAUGGACACAGAAGGUAGGAGCAGAACAGAUCUUGCUCUUCCAGAACCACAAAGGCCCUCCAGUGCAUCUGAAAUUGAACUAUCAGAAGUACCUCUCCAUGAGAACGUCUUACAGGAGGAGGAUACCCCACCCCCACCACGCCGUACAUGGCUGACUUUUUUGAAGAAGGAGCUGGAAUUCCUGGGGGUAACACAAAUUUUGGUUGGUUUGAUAUGCCUUUAUUUUGGAACGAUUGUCUGCUCCAUUCUCAAUAUUUCAGAAUUUAAAGAAGACUUUUUUUCAUCAUUUAAAGCAGGCUACCCAUUCUGGGGAGCAGCAUUGCUACGAGGAAUGCUGGGAGCAAACACCAUCAGCAGCAUAGCUGCAGGAGUAGGAACGGUCAUCCUGAUCAUCAACCUAAAGAAGAGCUCAUCUUAUGCCUCCAAUUGCCGGAACAUCUAUGAGAAUGACUUCUGCUCCACAGCUUCCUUUUCCACUGAAAUUGUGGCGAUGAUCCUCUUUCUCACCAUUCUGGGGUUCUGCAGUGCUGUGUUACUGACCAUCUAUGGGGUCAGAGAAAUACUUGAAAGAAAUAAGAUUCCAGAAGAUCGUCUUUAUGAAGAAGUAAACAUAUAUUCGCCAAUUUACAGUGAGUUAGAAGAGCGAAAGGAGAUAGCUUCUGCCCCUGAUUCAUAAGAAUCAUGUGUCCAGAACAUUCUAACUCACAACAAAGGAUUUAGAAAGCCCUUUGUUUCAGGGCCACUGGCAAAAUUUCCAUUCUUUCUAUAUCUGCCAAUGUUACAUUAUGAUUUAUUCUUCAGAUGGCAAUAUUCUGUUUUUGUUGUUUUCAUUCACUUAAAUCCCCUGUUCCUUUGUAGAUAUGAUAGGCUCCUAUUUUUCUUAUUUUCUUUGCUGUCACAUCCAUCCUUUCUGGGAAUUCAACACAUAAUUAGGAAGCAUUUACUGUGCGCCUAGAACUACGCAAAUAGGGAAAACAAAAGGAAAGCUGGUUGAGAGUUGACAGUGUGAUAAUAUUUGGCUAUUAGAGUUCACUUGAUCUGCAGACCUGUGUGAUACAGCCACCCUACAGGACUGUCAGCGCCUUGAGGGCAGAGUCCAUCCAGCAAACAUACACUGAGAAAAGACUAAGUUUUUCACACUUUUCUCUUUCACACUGAGUAAGAGUAAUUGGUCUUCUUGUUAACAAGUUGAAUUAAAGGAUAAAGAGAAGCAAUUGGUUAUUUAACACAUUACAUGUUCAGGUCUGAGAUCAAAGAACACUGGUGAUGUUGAAAGAAGUGACAGGAAGAAAUAUGAAUUGAUAAGUGGGGAGUACAGGCAGACCUAGAUUAAGCUCAGUUUUAGGUUGUCAUCUUUAAGAAAGCAAAGCGAAAUGCAAUUUAAGAGUGCCUGAUGGUAUCGAAUAGUGUUGGUUGAAGAUGAAAUUUGGUGAGAGAGAUUUUAUAUCACUAUAGGAGAGACUUUGUUUUUUUUUUGUCUUUUUGCCUUUUCUAGGGCCACACCCGUGGCAUAUGGAGGUUCCUGGGCUAGGGGUCUAAUUGGAGCUGUAGCAGCCAGCCUACGCCAGAGCCACUGCAACGAGGGAUCCGAGCUGCCUCUGCAACCUACACCACAGCUCACAGCAAUGCCAGAUCCUUAACCCCCUGAGCGAGGCCAGGGAUCGAACCUGCAACCCCUUGGUUCCUCAUCAGAUUCGUUGACCACUGAGCCACAACAGUAACUCCUAGGAGGCAUCAUUAUGAAGUGAGGCAGAUUAACACUCUAAGAGAAUUAUUUAGAAAUAAAAGUCAAGCCAGGUUAACUUUUACAUGCUUAUAAUCAGAGCAGAAAAGGAAAGAAAAUAUCUUGAGUAGAAGAUAAGAGAAUUAAGCAGAAAAAUGCAUUGCGAAAUGACGUAGAGCAAGUAGCCCAAAGUAGGGAGAGGUCAGAGGAAGAGAGACAAAGUAACCAUCAGAGACAGUAUCUGCUGGCUUGGGCAAGAGAAAAAAAAAAAUCAGUAGUGCUAAAUUGACUCCAGAUAAGUCACAGAAAAGGGGCAAAGAAAAUACUGAUAGUGAAUGAAUGUAAAAGGUGCAGAGACAUUCAAACAGGGUUAUAGUGAUGAGUAAAUGAAUAAAGCAUUUGCAGAAGUAUUUUGAGAGAGAGAAUAGGGGUAUAUACCUGAUGUAAGAAAGAGACUGUGAACAGAAGAUAGUGAAGAAAAGUUAAGCUCGGCCAUAUGAUUUGGUUGCUGUUGACAUUUUUAUUUCUAAAAGAAGGAAGAAGAGUUUACACUAUUAGCCCAAGUUAAAAAAAAAAAAAAAAAAAAAAAAAGCAGUCCUGUGGAGGGACUGAAAAAAUCAGCUUGAGGUAUUCACAAAUUCAUUAAUAAAAGCAUUAAGAAUAUUUAUUUAUUUGGAAUGCUAAGAUUAAAAAGUGAUAAGUAGGAGUUGCCACGGAGCAGUGGGUUAAGAAUCUGACUGCAAGGGCUUUGGUCACUGCAGAGGCGUGGGUUCAAUCCCCAGGAGGUGCAGUGGGUUAAAGGAUCCAGUGUUACCAUAGCUGUGGCUCAGUUUCAAUUCCUAGCCUGGAAACAUCCAUAUGCCGCUAGUGAGGCCAUCAUUAUUUUUUUUUUUAAGUAAUAAGUAGAUGUUAAUUUCUCCAGAUUAUGAAAGUGAUCACAUAACGACACAACCAAUGAUUAAAUGAAUUGUUAUGCUUAUCUGACCCCAUGACCUAAGGUUUUCAAAUUUCGUUUUUCUUAAAUAAGAUUUUUUUCUCCAAACUUCAGAGUGGCAUAAAAUAUACCCUUUCACUGCAUAGCUUGCAAAGCUGUAUCUCCAUUCUUGAUCAUCCAUAGGUAUAAUCAUAUCACUUGCGUAGCAAAUAUACUCACAUCCAAACUCCUAGAUCUGACCCACCAGGACCUCUAGAAGUGGAUCCAGCCAGUCUUUACAAAUAUUACACCCCUCUCUCUUCCACCUAAUUUUGUUUUAACCACACUGUUGACCGUGUAUAUCCCGUAUACUCGCAUGUUUUUUUUUGUUUGUUUUUUGUUUUUUUGUUCCAGUUCAUUCUGAUAUUUUUUCUGCCCCUGCCUGCUUUUUAUCACAUGCUCACAUCAAGCAUAGACUGAGAACACAACGGGCAUGCUUUUCACACAUUCACUGCCCCAAAUUAUCUUUUUUGAAAUGUCAACUGCAAGGUUAUCUUCUCCAUGAAGACUACCUAAUGCACACUUAUUCAUGCAACCAUAAUUUUUUGCUUCAUAACCCCUUUACCCCAUGAUGCCAUGUAUUAGCGUGUACUAUUAGUGUACUUACAAGAUCCUUGAUGUAUCGUCGAUUAUGGGUAUUUCUUCAAUAAAUCAGAAUCAUUUAACUUGA